UACACCAUGAUUUCCUCUCUCUUCUUACUCUGUCUUAUGCUUUUUUCCUUUUCAUUUCUCUCUACUAUUUUUUCCUUUUUUUUUCACACCCAAAAGAAAGUCAGCGUCGUCCCUUCUGCCUUCUUUGCCCGUGUUUCCUUUCUGCCCAAUUCACUUAAAAAAAAGCUGAGUUAAGAGUUGGAUGUUUGCAAGUUUCUAGGUUGAUUUUGGACUACUGAAAAUGGCUGAGGACUGGGAUCUUUAUGCAGUGGUGAGGAGUUGUACUUCUACCGCCAAUAUCACUACCGCUACAGCCAGCAAUGAUCUCCCAAAAAAAAAUGAUUUCACGAAUGAGAAUAGUAGCACUUGGGAUGAAGACCCUUUGGCUUGCUUGGCUUCUUUUACGUUUAAGGCAAAAGAUGAACCUUUUUCAUGUCUUAAUCUUUCACGGCCUAGGAAAAGUGAUUCUUUGAGAGAUUCUUGUAAGUCAUUUUUGCCGUAUGACGACCCCACCACCAUCAAUCCCAGCUCUUCAAGUUUUGUUGCUGAAGGCUCUGGUGGCCAACAUCAUCAGCAUCAAACGUUACUACAGCAGCAGGAACAACCCACCACCACAAGCAGCAUCAUCAGGAUUAGCUCCCCAUUGACUCCCACUUUCCUUCCUAUUUUUGCUUAUGGCCAAUCUGGAAACCACCAACAACACCAUGUACAGGAACAACCACAAUCGCAGCAGCAAAUGAAUCCAUUACACCGACAGCAGCAGCUGCAACAAGUUGUUCCACAGGGCGAGGUUCCAAGGCCUACUGCAAUCCUUCCUUCAGGAAACCUGCAAUCUCAGGCACCAAGAUUAAGAAAGAGGAAGAACCAGCAGAAAAGAAACGUAUGCCAUGUAACAACAGAUAAUUUGUCAUCAGAUCCGUGGGCAUGGCGUAAAUACGGACAGAAGCCCAUCAAAGGCUCCCCCUAUCCAAGAAACUACUACCGGUGCAGCAGCUCAAAAGGGUGCCCAGCCAGAAAACAAAUGGAGCGUAGCAAUUUGGAUCCCAACAUCUUUAUUGUUACCUACACGGGUGACCACACGCACCCUAGGCCCACUCACCGGAACUCUCUUGCUGGCAGUACUCGAAACAAGCUAUCAACCAUUCAAAAGGCCGCAAGCAAAGAAUCUGUCCCGGAAACCUUGCCUAGUGCUACUGCUUCUUGCUCCUCUCCUCGCUCAGCCACAAGCCUCUCUCCCAUCUCUCCCACAACCCCACUUUCAGCUCCUGAAGACACCGCCGCCCCCGUGCACAACAUGGAUGUUAAUGGAGGUGAAGAAGAAAGCGUUGACAUGACUCCUGAAACGGCUCGGGAUGGAGAAAGUGAUGAAGAUAAUCUUCUGAUCCCCAACGUGCAUAUAGAUGAAGAUCUCUUCAAGGGAUUGGAAGAACUCGUAGGUGGUGCUGGCGCUGGCAGUCAUACGAGUAAUCGAUUGGGACGCAGCCCAGCCUUCGGCGAUAAUUUCUCUUCUUGGGGUACAGAUAACUCCGCCGCCUCCGGAGCCACUGCUGGUGGUGGCUGCUAGACCAAAUUUCACUUUUUUCUUAUUACUACGUACUAUGAAUUUUUAUUUUUUUGGUUGGGUAUAAAGAAACUAAGAAUACUCAGAGUUUUAUGCAACCCAAUUUCCCUUUUAUUAUCUCUCUCUCGGUCUCUCCAACAAGAUAAAUGCAUAUUUCCACCUUCAAUUUCGUGUAUAUAACAUCGUAACGAAUAACUAUUCAUGAAGUUUUAUUUUGAUGACAAAAGUUAAUACCAUAAGUUAAUAUUUUAAGUCUGUUAUAAUGAAGAUAUAUGAUUUUUGUUCUGUAAUAUUUUGAUUACCAACCAUUGAUCGAUGAGUUUCAUCGAUCACCAUGUCUGAUUCUGGACCCGAUGAUGAGCACAAUCAGAA